AUGACAGGUAUCAGGCGACGGGAAGACGCUGAACGGGCGCCCAUGGACCCUGCUGCCGGGGCCGGGGCCGAUGCUGGGUCCGGAUCCGGGCGGAUCUCCAAGGCCACCGGCGAGCUGGACGCCCUGAGGCGGCGGGCCGUGGACUAUUACCGGGAGAACGAGGUUCCGAGCCGGCUGGAAGAGCUGCUCAAUUCCACCUUCUACCUCCAGCCCCCGGACGUCUACGGACAUCUGGCUAACUGCUUUGCUGAGCUCGCAAAGCCUCCUACAAUAUGCAGAAUGAUUGGAAGACAAGUUCUUGAUGGGAUUGGUCAACCCACUCUUCAAGUGGAAAUCUUCUGCACUGUCCAAAACUACGAAAAAAGUAUUUCUGUCACCACAACUACAUCUCACCUUGAAGUGCUUGACCAUGCUGCCCCAGAGCUCAUGCUUACAAUGGAAAGAGAAAGGAAUGAAGCCAUCAUCACUGCGCUGCGCUGGGUAAAUGAGCCCCUGAAUGAAAUGCUUCUAGGGCUACAGCCUACUGACCAGUAUAAAGUGGACAAGUUACUUGGGAAAUACUUUAAAAAGCAAGCACAAGAAGACAAAGAAAGUAGAGAACAAGAGAAGGCUGAAGAAAAUGCAUUAUCCCCUGUGUUGGAACCAUCACUGGUACCUGUUUUGCCACUGGCAAAAAAGAAAGGAAAUAAACCAGGAAAGAAGGAGCCUUCUCCAGAGAAACCUAUCCCACCAGCAGAACCUAUUGAACCUGUGCUUAGUGGGAGCAUGGCAAUAGCAACUGUGUCAUUAGCUGUUGCCAAAACCAGUGCUGCCCUUAAAAACAGCCCUCUAUAUUUCUAUAUUGCAUCACUGAAGCACAACCAGGAACUGCCCAAGGAGCUGGUUAUGCCGUUACUUAUGGUGACACUUCUAAAUUGUGGAAAAUCAUCAGCUGGUAAACUGAACCUCAUGAAAGAAGUGAUUUGUAUACCUCACCCUGGAUUAACAGCCAAACAAGGUCUUACAAUGCUCUUAGAAAUUCAGAAACAUAUUAUGAAAUUGCUUGAUCUGCCUUCCAGCCCUCAGAAAACUGAGAAUAAAAAACAAGCUCGUGAUGGAAGCAAAAAAUCUCUGCAAGAAGCAACUGGUAAAAUGUCCCAUUUGGGCUGCUUAACGAUGGGCUAUGACAUGCCAGACCAGCCGCUGCUCUUACUACAAGGAAUCUGCAUUAAUCUUGGGCUAGAACUAGGAACAAACCUGAAUUUAGCUAUCAACUGUGCUGCGCAUGAAUUAAUGGACUAUAGUAAAGGAAAGUACGAAGUGACCGUGGGAACAUUCAAGAAUCCAGAUGAGAUGGUCGAUAUGUAUGUGGACCUAAUCAACAGAUUUCCUUCAAUUACUGCAUUAAUAGAUCCUUUGAGGAAAGAGGACAGUGAGCAGUGGAAGAGCCUCUGCAAUGCUCUUGGUUCCAAGUGCCACAUCAUUGCAGAAACUGCAUCCAAAAGCAUUUCUAAGCUUCGAGAAGAACAAACCAUAAAUACACCCAAAUCCAGUGGGCUGGUUCUAAAAUAUACUAAUGCAGCUACAGUUUGUGGCCUCGUGGAUGUUACCAAGCUUAUCGAAAGUCAGAGGCACAUCACCAUCUUAGGAAGUUCAGAUGGAGAAACUUCUGAUGAUAGUCUUGCAGAUCUUGCCGUUGGAGUGGGAGCUAGAUUUAUCAAGUUGGGAGGUCUUUCCCGUGGAGAGCGGGUGACUAAGUACAACCGGCUGCUUGCUAUAGAAGAAGAACUUGCCCGGAGCAGUACACUGGCUUUCAGUGAAGAACAGGUUUUUGUUGAUUUUAAUGAAGAUAAGGAAACAGCUGUGGAAAUCCUGGAUUCUCCUCCUGCUGUCCAGACCAAGUCACUAAAUGAUGAUGCGUCCAACAUCCCAACAGCAGCACCUGAUGAUCGCUAAUGAAGGACUGUAUUUUCACUUGACUGUAAAUCAAAGCUCUUACUACUAUAGUAAACUGCUAGUUUU